CUGCCGGCACCUUGACGGCCUCGUCUUGAACACUCAAUCAUACUAUUCAUUUGUAUCGACGGCGCAUAACUGUUUACUUCAGAUAUGGCGCCCGAGAUACCAAAUCAAAAGAGGAAACGCGGUCGUCCACCUAACGCGUCCAAGGCUGGAGAAGACGCGUCGGGGCGCGCAGAAGAGACAACAAGGAGGCCGAAGCCAGUAGAGGAAGCGCAAGCGGAAGACGUAGGAGGCGCAUCCAAUCCGGGGCCAAAGAAACGAGGACGACCUAAGAAGACGCCUCAUACUGAACCCCAAGAGGAAGUAUCCGCGCCUGCUGUCGUCGAGAAGCAGUCCAAACGAGGCCCUAAAGCUAGAGAGGAAACUAUCGCGGAGGAACCGCUCAACCCUAGGAAGAGAGGGCGACCACUCAAGGACCGUGCGGAAGAUGUCAGUACCAAUGCGCCUGCAGAGGAAACGAGGCCACGGAAACGGAGGAGGCCCACUCCUGCUGCGGAGGAGUCCGUAGAAGAUGAGGUCCAACCAGAUCCGGAACCAACCAAAAGACCAAGAGGGAGGCCGAGCAAGGACAACGGAAAGGCGACAGCGAAGGGCGUGCGAGGCAGAAAAGAAGUAGCGUCCAUCGAGGAGGAACCAGCACAGGAGGGGGACGUCCGCCGAAGUACAAGAUCAACCAAUCCAAGUCAGCAUUCAUCCAAGACAACUCAACGCGGCAAGGAGAAUAGACGAGAUCCAUCAGCACACCAGGACAACGGUCGCUCAUCACUAGCCGAAGUAUCUGCCUCUCAAACUCAGAAUCGGAUGUCUCCUCCGCAGAGCGAACAGACCACCAAGAGCAGGAAAGGAAAGAAGGUUGCCGAAGCCGAGGGCGCAGAUGUUGAGGAGGCGGCGCCGACACGACAACGUCGAAGGGGCCAAACUGUUCCAGAAGCAGAAGAUUCCGAACGUCCUGAAGCUGCCCGGAAAAACAAGCGCGGACCAGCACAUCGUCCCCCCAAUGCUGCCAUAAGAGAGAAGGCUGUACCUGCAGCCGCUGCUAAGCAACAGCGGACAGAGAAACGGUCAGCCAAGGACUCCGAUACGAAUACCCCGGGACAAAUAGAAAAGCCGCGACGACGGAAAAGUGUAGAGCCGGACGAGAAUGAAAGACCUCCUGCUCAACAACAACAACAACAACCCAAAGAACCAAAGGAAAAGCCCCCGCCUGUCCCCAAAUACCGCCACCUCACUUCUCGCACCCGACAGAUCCCCCGAUCCACCAUCGCCUCCAAAUGGUCACCGCUCGAUCCCCCCUCCAUCGCCGCAGUAGACAGCAUUAUCGCCGACGCCCAUCGCCCGAUCCUCUUCAGUCUCCGCGAAACCCGCAGCGACUCGAGUCGGCACGCCCAUGCCCAAGACAUACUGGCCACCUUCGCGUCUCGUCUACACAAGAAGCUGGAGAAGGGCAUGCCAUUUCCGCCACCUUCCAUUCCUUCUGUCUCCAAGCAACCGAGGGAUAUCAACGGCGAACCAGCAGGCCCAAGUCACGAAGCGGAGUUCGACUUUGAGAAGACCGUCAACGCGAUCCAAGCGCUCGAGAGGACGCUCGAUCCACUGCUACACUCUGUCGCUCUCCUUAAGCGGGAGAAGGAGAAGGAGGAGCAGGAGUUGGAGCGGGCGUACAGGCGGUUGAGAACGCUGGAAACGAAUGCGCGGACGCAAUCGAGGGGAUGGAGGGAACGCGGAAAGCGGGACCACGUGUUGGCGCCGGGCAUGCGGCCUACUGGACCUGGUGCUGCAAGGGAUUGGGAGGAGGAAGGGGAGAUUGAGUUGGUCAAGCCCAUCGAGAAGGACACAAGUGGGAGUGUCUUCAAGGAAAUCGAAGGGGACGAGGAGCUCGUCAAGGUGGCGCAGCAGUUGGGAAGCCAUAUGGAGAGUAUGAGAGGGAACUUGGAGCAGAUUGAGGGGGUGGUGCCUGCCAUGGAGAAGACGAAGGGCGCGUUGCAGGGUGUUUUGCAAAAGUAUCUCGAUGAUAAGCAGUAUGACCAGGUUGUGUUUGGGUAAGGCGUUGGCGGAGUUGUACGUCGGUGAUGAUAUCCGGACUAAAUGUCCACGAGUCAUAGAGGAUAUUUUUGUGUUUUAUGAUCAAGCGAUCAAGUCAUGUAACAACAGCGUUGGACCAUUUGUUGGCCAUCUAUCUGCGUGCCAGCCGCUAUUCCUUCAGUCUCGCAAACGAGUUAACAGGCACACAUUCUAUCGGAAAGCUGACUACAAGAUUACGGGUAUUAUGCUCGUCUAGGGGUAUAUAUGCUCCUGGCGACGAUCCCAACGACCAAUAUCGCAUGGAAACUGCGGUUCCUUCCUUCAUCCCCCUUCAAUCCUCUUAUGUUCGAUCCCUUUAUGUGCCCAUUUUAUACCACCGGUAUUCCAACGCCAGAAAUGCAAGGAACAAGACAAAAGAACUCAUCUUCCCGACCCGAGGAGGGCUUCUUCCGAUGACGAAAGUCAUGACGACGUCUUCUACGCCAACUCCGUCUUCACCCACUGUUUCCGC